UUCCUCAGCGCCUGUCUCUGACGCAGUGUGACCUUGCUCAUCCCUUCCGGGCUCUGGGCCUGUUCCCCCCUUUUCUUAAGGUGAAGCUCCAGGCUGGCCAGAAGACGCUUUCCGGAGCAGCGCGGGAUGGUGAUUGAGUCCGGCCGUCCUCGUCCUCGGACGGGUGGGGAGUGAGCGCCCUGUCAGCCUGGUGCCAGCGCAGAGGUCGCACUCCUGUCACCCUCGCGCUCACAGAGGCUUCUCCUGAGCACCGACUCCACGGACUCGCCGUCCGCGCGGCGCCCGAGGACACCUGAACUCGGAACCAGGAUUGGAAGGGCCACGCACGGAGAGACCCCUGCCCCAGGAGAGGCCUGGAGCGACGUCCACGGAGAGGGCCAAGGGCCGACUUCUCCAAGACCUCGCUGUCCGGCCUCGGCUCCUGCCUUUCGCCCGCUCUCCCCUUCGGAGCUUCGGCCUGGGACCUCCGCACUUGGGGUCGCGGGCGACUUAGGGUGCGAGGGAGCGGAGCUUUGCCUCACCGGGCCGCUGGGAGCCCAGGGCGGCUCAGGCGCGGGGUCGCAAGGGCAGGGGGGCGGAGCACCAGGCGGAGCCGGCGGGGAGCCCCACCCCUCCCGCGCGGCCGCCCUCCACUCCCCUCCCCGCCCCUGCCGAGGUGGGCGUGUGGUCCGUAGUGCCUCCCGUGGCGUCUAGCUUUGCGACCGGGAGAGUUCCAACGCACGCAGCCUGUUUCCCGGGAACCCUCCCCUGUCGUGGGCCCCAAUUUUCCGCAGCCUUCCACGACUCCGAGAACGUUCUGACACCCUCGGGGAACGCUCUCUGCUGCACGACUCGGUACGGGGACCGCUCUUCGCACCCCUUGUUGCUGGGGCAGACCGACGGUGGGAAGCAUGCGGGACUACGACGAGGUGACCGCCUUCCUGGGCGAGUGGGGGCCCUUCCAGCGCCUCAUCUUCUUCCUGCUCAGCGCCAGCAUCAUCCCCAACGGCUUCAAUGGAAUGUCAGUCGUGUUCCUGGCCGCCACCCCGGAGCACCGCUGCCGGGUGCCCGACACCGCGAACCUGAGCAGCGCGUGGCGCAACCACAGUAUCCCGCUGCGGCUGCAGGACGGUCGCGAGGUGCCUCACAGCUGCCGGCGCUACCGGCUGGCGGCGAUCGCCAACUUCUCGGCACUGGGGCUGGAGCCGGGGCGCGAUGUGGAUCUGGAGCAACUGGAGCAGGAGAGCUGCCUGGAUGGCUGGGAGUUCAGUCAGGACAUCUACCUGUCCACCAUCGUGACUGAGUGGAGUCUAGUGUGUGAAGAUGACUGGAAGACGCCCCUCACCUCCUCCCUGUUCUUCCUGGGUGUGCUCUUUGGCUCCUUCGUGUCCGGGCAGCUAUCAGACAGGUUUGGCAGGAAGAACAUCCUCUUUGCGACCAUGGCUGUGCAAACUGGCUUCAGCUUCCUACAGAUUUUCUCCAUCAACUGGGAGAUGUUUACUGUGUUAUUUGUCAUCGUGGGCAUGGGACAGAUCUCCAACUAUGUGGUGGCCUUCAUUCUAGGAACUGAAAUUCUUGGCAAGUCAGUUCGUAUUAUAUUCUCUACGUUAGGAGUGUGCACAUUUUUUGCAGUUGGCUACAUGCUGCUGCCACUGUUUGCUUACUUCAUCAGAGACUGGCGGAUGCUGCUGCUGGCGCUGACGGUGCCGGGGGUGCUGUGCAUCCCCCUGUGGUGGUUUAUUCCUGAAUCUCCCCGGUGGUUGAUAUCCCAGAGAAGAUUUAUAGAGGCUGAAAAUAUCAUCCAAAAAGCUGCAAAAAUGAACAACAAAGUGGCCCCAGUGGUGAUUUUUGAUCCUAUUGAGCUACAGGAACUAAAACUCCCAAGCCAGCAGAAAAUUCUCAUUCUCAGCCUGUUCAGGACUCGGAACAUUGCCACAAUUACCAUUAUGUCUUUGAUGUUGUGGAUGCUUACCUCAGUGGGUUACUUUGCUCUGUCUCUCAACGCUCCUAAUUUACAUGGAGAUGCCUAUUUGAACUGUUUCCUCUCUGCCUUGAUUGAAGUUCCAGCCUACAUUACAGCCUGGCUCCUGUUGCAAACCCUGCCCAGACGCUAUAUCAUAGCUGGAGUACUGUUCUUGGGAGGAGGUGUGCUUCUCUUAAUUCAACUGGUACCUGAAGAUUACAACUUCUUGUCCAUUGGUCUGGCGAUGUUAGGAAAGUUCGGAAUUACCUCUGCUUUCUCCAUGCUGUAUGUCUUCACUGCAGAGCUUUACCCCACCCUGGUCAGGAAUAUGGCUGUGGGGGUUACAUCCAUGGCCUCCAGAGUGGGCAGCAUCAUUGCUCCCUACUUUGUUUACCUCGGUGCGUACAACAGAGUUCUGCCCUACAUCCUCAUGGGCAGCCUGACUGUCUUGAUUGGAAUCAUCACCCUCUUUCUCCCUGAAAGUUUUGGAGUAACUCUACCAGAGACCUUAGAGCAGAUGCAGAAAGUGAAAGGGUUCAGACUCAGGAAAAACACAAGAGAUUCAACGGAGAAAGAAGAAAAUCCCAAAGUUCUCAUAACUUCAUUCUGAUAAAAUUUCCACCCCAUUUGGUGACCUGAAAAACAGAUGCAUAAGACUCUAUGAAGAAACCAAAGUCUUUCCUGAUGAAAUGGACCAACCCUAAGGAUUAACACUAAGAUGACUUUGCUGUUGAGAAAUGCUUGUCACAUAGCAAACUCCAAGCCACUCUUCCAGAUAAUCCCCUUAUUUUAAAAACAAACCAUUUCUAGAUAGUCCACCUUCCUAAUUAAUUCAAUGAGAUGGGUUCAUAAGAUUUUUUUGAAAAAUGCAUUUGUCAAGGACUGGUAAAUUCAUACAAAGAUGAACCUUCAUUUUCAAACAUACAAAUGCUAUUCAAAUAAAAAGAAUGUCCUUGUAUUAACACAACUAUUAGGUGAUAACAGUAUAUGUGUGUAUGUGUAUAAGUGAACUAGUACAUUCAAAAUUAGAGUAA